AUGAAGAUUUUUAAUAUCUGCUUUUAUUUAAUAAUUAUAAAAUUAUAUAUGUGUAAAAAAAAUGAAAAUUUGAUAAAUAAUGCUGAUGGUACUACACAUAUAAAUCCACAAAAACAUAAUUUAAGAAAUAGGCAUGUAGAUAAUAAUCCUUCUUUAGUUCAAAGAACAAAAGUAGAUGGGGACUCAACUAACCUAUCAGAUAAAACUAUAAGUGAUUUAUCAACUAACAAUAGUGAAUCAAAAGAACAAGAAUUAUGGAGAAUUCCAGAUGGAGAAGGUAAAGAUUCAGAAGUAUACGGUAAUGAUCUUAGUGUUAUAGGUGAAUAUGAUGAUAUACAAUUGGGAACAGAUCAUGGUGAAACAGGAAUGAAUGAUCCUUUAGAAAAACUCUCAUCAAAAUUAUCAUCUCCAGAUGCAUCAAAUUUAGUACAAAUUAUUAAUAAAAAUGACGAUAUUGCAAGUCAAAAAUCGGAAGUUGAAAAUAAAGAAAGUUCAGAAGGAUUAAAAUUAUCAUUUACAUGGAAUCCAUUUUCAUAUAUUAGUGAUGGAAUUCGUAUAGCAGGAAAAGCGGUUUCUUCAGGGAUAGAAUCCACAACAAAUUUAUUAGAGAAAAUAGAAGGAUAUAUUCCAGAGUUACCUAGUAGUCAAGAUACUCCUACUGAUACCGAGCAAACAGAUGAACGACAAGUGGCUCAAUCGGAAGUAACACAAAAUAAUGAGGAUCCAGUACCAGCUAAAGAAGGGGAAAAAGAACAAGUGUCGCCAGAAGGUAGAUCAGAACAAGGAACUGGUGUAUCAACAAUAUUACCGGAAUCGUCAGUAGUAUCACCAGCAUCACCAGAAACAUCACAACAAACAACACCAGGAACAUCAGAAACAACACCAGGAACAUCAGAAACAACACCAGGAACAUCAGAAACAACACCAGGAACAUCAGAAACAACACCAGGAACAACACCAGAAGCACCACCAAAAGAAGCACAGGCAGUAGCAGGAGCAGUAGCAGGAGCAGGAGCAGAAGUACCAGGAGAAGCAAAACCAGAAACAGCAGAACCAGGAGUAGAACGAGAAUCACAAAAACAAAAAGAAUCAACAGUAGCAUCAGAAACAGAAAUAAAAAAUGAACAGGGGGAUGAAACAGAUCAAGCCUCAAAAUUACCAUCACAAUCAAGAGAUGUUGGUAGUUUAGAAGUAGAUGUAGAAAAAGGUUCUGAUUCAUCUCAUGAUAAGAGUCAUACUGAAGAAUUGCAACCAAAAAGAGAUCAUGAAAACAAAGGAAUAGAUCCUCACAAGGGUGGUGAUAAUCAAAUUGACACAGUACCAGAACCAGAACCAAAAGCAGUGACAGAACAAGAAACAGUAUCAGAACAAAAAAUAGUACCAGAACAAGGAACAGUACCAGAACAAGAAACAGUACCAGAACAAGAAACAGUACCAGAACAAGAAACAGUACCAGAACAAGAAACGGUACCAGAAACAGGGCCAGGUUCUCCACCACCACAUCCCAAUAAUAUAGAUGAUGAAAGAUCAGGAGAACAUGCAGAAGAUAAUUAUUCAACAGUAAAAAUAGAUCAAAAUAAAUUACCAAAAGAGGAUGAAGAAGCAAAAACAAUAAAUCAAGAAAAAAUAAAUCCCAUAAAAGAAACAGAAGAUAAUACAUCUUAUGAAGAAGAAGAACAACAAGAAGAGGAUGUGGAAGAGGAUGAUAAGGGAGAAGAUGAAGGAAUUUAUGAAGAAGGAUUAGAUGAAAAAUUAUAUGAAAACGUAAAUUAUGAAGAUAUAGAUAAAGAUAUUCUAGAAGAAGAAAAAAUUUCAGAAGAAGACCCAUCAGAAUCAAAAAUUACAGAAAGGGAAAACCAAGAAAAUGAACAAACAGAAGAAUUAUCAGAUCAAACAGAACAAGGUAAUUCACAAGAUAGUAUUACACAACAACAAAAUCAAAAAGAAGAAAUAAAACCUCCAACAAAUGAUAGUAGCGCUCAUAAAUUACUUAUUGAAGAUUUUAAGGAAGAUAAUAAAGUUA